UUCCGAGACCCAGUAACCCCAGCGCGGCGUCGCCGGAAGACUAUGCUUCCGAAGCAGACACCGUGAUACGUCGCGGGCCUCGGCGUCGGCGCGAGUUUCAUCGGCAACCCGACGCCCCCCACCGCAUUUGCCAUGCCGCCCAAACGAAGGACGGCCGAAAGUGGCGUCUCCAACAGUUCGAAUGAAGUUCCCGUUGGGCGGCCUGAGCUCGCGUCGCCCGCGACCCAGCCGGCUCCUGUCAAGCGCCAGAGGGUAUCAAGAGCGUGUGAUCAGUGUCGUGCCGCGCGGGAGAGAUGCGAUGGGAAACAGCCGGAAUGUUAUCCAUGCAUCUCUCAGAGCCGGCCAUGCACCUACCAGGUGAGCCCCAAGAAGAGAGGGGUUCAAACGGGCUACAUCCGCACCCUUGAACUAGCUCUCGGCUGGGUCCUCGAGAAGGUGCCUGGCAGUGAGGACGCCCUCGGCGCGCUUCUUGCUUAUGAAAGCGGCCAGGGGCACCCGAUUCUAACCGGAAAGGAUCCGGGGAGGGUGGACAGUCUGCAGAAACGCUGGAGAGAAAGCCGCGUACAUCGGCGCAUAGAUCGCAUUCUGGCCGGCGGCACAGUUGGCCCGCCUGGGCCCGAGGGUGCCUCGGCUUCUGUGGAUGCGAGCGAUACCGAGCGAGGUGCGGCUCGAGCCUGCGUCAGCACAUGUUCGGCAGAUGGCGGCGAAGAGGCUGACCCUCAAAGACUCCCUGACUCUAGGCGGGGUACCACGGGAUAUCGCCCAUCGAAUGCCCUCGACGACGACCCAGCGGGCCACGAGUGGCAGCGAGGUACGCCAGUGGUACUCAUUCCCGGGCGUCCUCCACCUCGACCGGACUACCUAAAGCUACCACCAAACCAUUGGCGGUUGCUUGACAUAUACUUCUCCUACACUCAUUCGUGGCUGCCGAUUCUCGAAAAGCAGGACCUAUUCCAGGCUUCCUAUCUGUAUCCUGAACCCGGACGUGUCGCCAACCCAGACGAUAUUUCCUCGCCGGUCCACGCCGAGUUGUGGGCUGCUCUGGCGUUGGCGUCGCUACAGGACGAUGCCUCAUCGCUGAAUGACACGGGCCCCGCCAUGUCGCCAAGUGAGAUCUAUCAGAUUGCUCGUGGGUUCGUGCCGACAGAAGGCGGGCCAUUUUCUGUCCAGCAUGUUCGCGCUCUUCUCCUGCUCAGCUUAGUCAAUCUAGGACGGGACAAGCUUGCCGCCGCGGGACUCCUUACUGGCUCCGCCAUUCGUAUUCUCCACGACGUCGACUCCAAUCGGCGUGGUGCCCACACCCAAGACCGUGAGCGGACAAACUUGAUCUGGAUGGCCUGCUUCGUCCUCGAGACUGUCCUUUCCGUUCGAUGCAACAAACCGCCGCAUCUCAGGAUAGAGGACCUCGCUGGCCUGCCGCUGGUGUCUGAGAGUGGUCCUGACCAGUGGGAACCCUGGACGCCAUGCGAUGGCUUUGGAUCAUCCUGUACAGGGUCUCGGUCUUCUCGAAGUCCCGCGUUUUGCCUAAGUACCUUCAACCAGAUCUAUGCCAUAAUGAAGGUUGUCGCCGUUGGGACGUUGGCGAGGACGACGGGACUAUCGCGCCAAGAGACAUCAGAAGCAUUCAUGACGCAACUGCACCAGGCAAUAGAUUCCAAUUUUCCCUUCACGAGUUUUGUCAUCUCACCGUGCUGCGGCACCGCUUCAGUUCCAACCCCCUACGUUGCGCGGGCCACCUACCUCUGGGCCAACGCUCUCGCAGACCCUCACUCCGAGGCCUUCUUACCUACGCUUCAAGACACACUGCAUCGAUACCAGCAGCGAUUCGGAAAAUGCGGCAUGCCCCCAAUUCUUUCGGCCUACAUCGGAUCUCUUGUCGACCAACAGCAUCUACUCGGUCGUAGUGAGCGGGAUGAAGAAAGCCUGAGACACUUCGUGUCGGGCUACACCACAAGGGGCUCCGAAGCAAGGCACUCCAGCAUUCUCGGUUCUCACCCGGGGGCCUUGCCCCAGAAAACACGUGAGGAUGAGCUUUCGGAUAUGACGGCUUCGCCGAAGUUUACCUCUCCAAGCAACUCUUACGCCGCCCUUGUCAUGCCGUCGCUCUCCGAUGGGGCGAGUACAGCACGGCGUAUCCGGCGACACCCGAGCGGCGGAGGGUACACCGCCUUCGCAGGCCCAAGUAUGGCUGGAUCAUACCAAGGCCCCUUUCACAAUCAUUCGAUGACGGUGUCGCCGCAACAAGGCAGGAGCACACACAUGCACCUUGGUACUGAUGUAGCCUCCGCGCCGGGGAUCACGACGUCCGUGGCCUCCACACUCACUGCUCAAGACCCCCUCGGCCCGCACACGGGGUUCGGGGUCGGUCCGGAUUAUGAUGCGCUCCUCGACGACCUCGCAGCCAUUGAGUGCACCGAUGCGGUUGACAUGGACCCUCAAUUCAUGGCCAAUCUUGGAUUUGCACCAGGGUGCGACAUCACCGAUAUUUUGACGCGCAGUUUUGGACCAGUAUGAGUUGAAUAUCCUGUAGACUAUUGUGAUGUGAAUUCCCCAAAUACAUCUGCUGGCGAUAUAAAUGGAUGAGCUUGGAGAUGAGCAGUCAGGACUCAGAAGACUAGAUGAAAAAAACGAACGAGUAGGACAUCGCGUGGAGGUUGGUGCGGCUGCAAAGGUCUUUUAUUAUGUUAACCGUCGCCAAGCAGAGACCAUCCAACAAGGCAAGAUGGCCGAGCGGUCUAAGGCGCUACGUUAAGGUCAAUCCUUAAUCCAAACCUCCAAGGUUCCGUAGUCCGAAAGGGCGUGGGUUCGAAUCCCACUCUUGUCAUAAACUUUUCCCUCAACCCCAUAGGGUUGGAAGUAUUUUUGCAUUUCUUUUCUCUUCAC